CUCAUCGGAAACCAAGAGCCACCUAUGCCUCAAAAGCACCAGUCAACACAUAUGCAAAAAAGAGAGCCUGAUAAAUCUAUUGUCAAACCCUUGUCACCUUUUAAGUUGUAUCACAAAACCCCUUCCAGUCUAAACAAAAAUAAACAUAAUAAUAGUGAAUGUAAAUCUACAGACAACGUUAGAGGAGAACAUCUCACAGCAGUGGAUGAUAAAAAACAUGUUGAUGGCAAUGUUAAAGAUGAUAGGCAGAGAGGAAAACAAAAGCGAUGCAGAAGGGCCCAUUUUACAGCACCUUCAAGUUCGUCCACUGACUCAAAACCUGAUUUAUCUUUUGAUGAGAUUACCACAUCUAAAGUUCUCGUGUCUAGUAAGGCUUCUUGUACCAAACCUGUUUCACAGGCUUCUGGCAGGCAAAGUGCUGUUGCUUAUGACAGAUGCAGAUAUCCUUCAGUCCAUGAACCCAGCAUAUCAGCAAUUAUUUCAAGAUCAUUAGAAGUACACUCAGGAGAAAGACACACCCAGCAGCCAAACACUGGUUUGCAACUCUCUGAGUUUGGAGUGACUAUGGGUUGGGAAGCUGAGAAUGAGGCAAUGGCAUGUCAGGGAGAGCAUUGUUCCACUGAAAAAAUUAAAAAGACAGAGACGAUUGCAACAAAGGCUGAUAAAGACAUGCGUAAUGAUCCUUCCAAACCUAUUUUAGGUGUUUAUGUGGAAGACCUAGCACAGCCAAUCUUGCAUACUAGAGAUUCUGCAAUGCAUUUUGCCUCAAGCGAUAUUAAACCAUUAAUUCACACAAGAACUGCUAUGGAGUGGAACCUAGCUGACCACAAAAACCAGGCCUUUGGAAGUGCUACCAAUAUAGCCGACCAACACUCUCCACCCGAUAGUUCAAACAAGACCAUUUCGAGGUGCUGUAGUGUAGACAAUGGCUUAAAUAUUAAAAACUUCCCCCUCAGUUCCCAAUUGAGCACUUAUGCGAAUCAUAAAGGGCUCACUAGCACACCGAGUAGCGUUGAAGAUUCAAGAGAUCAAAUUUCUUCUGAGCCUUUGCUGAGGGAAGGUUUUUAUUUAUGUAGUUGUUCAAAUAAGCAGACCCAAUCAGCUUUCAAAUGUCAAUCUUACAAUGGUGCCUCAGUGGAGUUAAACCAAAGUUUAGGUCAAGUUGAUGAAAUAGAACUGGUCAAUCCCUUCGAGUAUGAAUCUCAGGAACAUGGAUAUCCAUGUCAAAUCAAGUGUGAUCAUGGCACACAGACCAUUGAUGCUGAUAUGGACCUUAAAAGCAAGGGUCAUCAUAUAAGAAGCAGCACUCAGAUGCCAAUGUCCAAACAGAAGAAUGGUGCACCGAAUACAUGGGCAAGUCUUCAGAACAUCUCUAAAAAUCUCUUUGACCUUAUACACAGCACGUCUGAUCUUCUAGGGAACACACAAUGUAUGCGAACAGGGGAACCACCACCAAAAUAUGAGCAUCCUAUAAACUGUUUCAGAUUUUCAACUGUGCAUUCUGGCAGUAACCACAAGAAGGACUGUUAUACGCAAACUUCCAUGGACAUUGGGAUCCAGACUGAUAAUUCUCUGGGGGCAAAGAUUGCUAUGGCCCAUGAAGUCAAUGUUAUUGUUAAAGUGAUUGGCUCAGAUGUAUCUGAACUAGAUGGUGACACCAAGAUCUUGAGAGAACAGGCCUUUGAAAGGAUUAAAAGAAAGCCUGAUUUGCGGCACAAAGACUCAAAAGCAGUAGACAGUCAAAAUUCUUGGAUAACUCCAAGGUUGGAUGCGUUUGACGUUAACACGGUUGACCAUUCAUACAAGAAGUCUUCAUCCAGCUUCCUUGGAGCAAAAGACUCCCUACACUUAAAAAGAGAAGAGAAGCAGCCCCAUCAGAGUAAUGUAGACCUACAGAAUCGCUGUAAUAAACAAGUCUUGCUCAUGGACCGUGCAUCUUCACCCAUCCUUACUGUUAAAGCUGCAAGAUACUCCCAACAAAGACAAGCAAAUACUUCCCAGUGUUUAACAAACCAUGAGACAUCCGAGGGCCAAAAAUGCACUUUUUGCAAAAUGCAAUUUAAAAGUCAUAAAAUGUCUAAUCAUCAGAAUAAGGUUCAACAUCAGGAGAAUCUUGGUAUCCUUCACACUCAAAGUACUAAAAUAUACAAAGGUAAAUCUGUGUCAUCUAUGACCCUUGAAAACCAGAGUGACUUUAAAUAUCCAAAUCUAAAUGGAUCUGAUGAGUACUCAAUAAAUAGCAUGUCUUCAAGCACCAAAUUUAUGCAAAAUAAGAGAAAGGAGCACUCUUCUGGAGUUAAGGACAUGGUAAUAAUUAAUUCUACUAUGAACUGUUCCCCACUACAAAGACAAAGCAGUACCAUUAGUGCCCAAACUUCCCCAUCAUUCUCAGAUAAAGUCACGCAGUCUCAAUGGGAAUGUCCAGACAGAUGCCAUUUGUCAACUCUUAGCAAUCAAUUAAGUCAUAGUAGUACUAUGCUAAAGAAAAAUCACAGAUCACCUGAGCUGAAUUUGCAUAAUUUGAAUCAAAGUACUCAGGAAGAUGAUGCAAUGUCUCUGGUUCCAAGUGAGUGCAACACCGAUGUUCUAGUCAACAUUAAUCCUCUAACAGAGACAGGCCUGCUCAAAGAACAUCAGUGGAUUCCUGAUGAUCUGACUAUGCACAACAAAUUUACAAACUGGUCAGGCAUUAGCCAGCAGCCACCAUCAACUCUCAGUAAAAUAAACAGACCAUUCGUACAGUACUUCUUUGGGCUCAGUCCCAGUUACCUUCAGCCAGUGGAGUCUCAAAGCCAUAAACCUAUCUAUAGACCAGAACCGUUAGAGGAGACUAAUACUAGAACAAGAGAAAUUGAGAGGCUGAGGAAAGAGCGCAAGCAGAUUUUGUCAUCUCUAUGUCUGGAUUUGAGCCCUCAUCAGCUGACUGUUGAACUCACCGAGGCCAGGCUGCACUAUGGUCAAGGGGAAACAGACGCUUUGCUUAAAAUGCUCAAGUCUGAUUCCAAAGAAGAACCUUCAGCCUUUACCAAACAAGAGCUCCUUGACAGGCACAGGAGGAGCAUUGAGAGUUUAAGAAGAGAAAGAGAUGCCCGUCUUCAAGCGUGCCACCGGGCUCGGAGCCUCAGUCCCAGUAAGCACCGGAUACCUAUAAAUCAUGAGAAGGAGCAAUCUCAAAUAAUUUUUGACCUACCAAGCAGCCGCAGGGAUUAUCUGCAACAGCUCCACCAAGAGGUAGUUGAAACCAGCAGUGUUCCCUAUCCACCAAGGCAGGAGGGUCAGUGUUCAUCUGAUAUUGAGCUACUAUUGCGCGACUACAGCCGAGCCCGUAAGGAGGCCAGAGCAGAGAUUGCACGUGCACGAGACAGACAUCGCAAGAGGAUAGAACAGGAGAAGAGGCGGAUUCAGCAGCAAGUUCUCUCGCAGGCAGUGAAGGAAGACCUGCAGUUGCACACACGCAUUAGUAACAGUACAUUAUGCACUGAUUCAAACCUGACUCUUUCCUCAGGACAUACAUCAGGCUACAGCAGCAGCAAUUCUGCAUUACUAAAAGACAAUACCUCGCCAAUAAUACAGGCAAAUGGAGCCUCAGGAUUCCAAGUCAGAACUCGACCUCCCGUGAUUCCCUUACAGACGUUGAAACCUCAGCGUAGAUGGCUGUCAGUCCAGGAUGUCAGUCUGGAGACGUCUGUCACUGGAUAUGAGCCUGAAUCCUCCACCACUCAAUCAUCUCCUCCCUGUGCUCGACAACGCACUCUCUCUUUUUGCUCUCCCUCAUCUAUAUCAGCUUCAUAUCAGGAUAUUGCAGACUGCACUCUUGCCAGUGCUAUUUCAGAGGUAUAUUUGGCCUCUGGAGGGGUUAUGAAGAACCUACUGGCAGGGAAAUCAAGCGCUGGCUGGAGGCACCAAGGUGUGGAGAGACGCAUUCAGGUCUUUCACAAGGCUUCAUCCAGGCCCACGGCUCAUGGGUUUCUAGGUGCAAUGGAGCUGGAGAGACCUCUGGCCAGUCUGUGGUGUACGGUUCGAGAUCACUCAAAGACUCAUCUCUACCACAAGUCUGUCAGAUCUGCUUGGACACGACCACUGGAUGAAAGUACACAACUAGUCUACCUGUUAACAGAGACAUCCGACUGCCAGCUUAAACAGCCUCGGGAUUUCUGCUGCCUCAGCACAGAAUUGAAACAGGAUGAUAUGUGGGUGUUGGCCAUGCAGUCUGUGUUUGAGGAGACACUUCCACGCCCCACUGUGAAUACUGUUCGUGGUGAGAUGCUCCCCAGCGCAUGGAUCCUUCAACCCAACCAGCGUAACGGUCGAGAGUUUGUCACAGUCAUCUACUUGCUACAAGUGGAUUUGGGAACUCCAUCUUUAGCUCCCAGACUGUUGAAUACAGUGUCUAGGAAGCAAGCAGCUGUCAUAGCCGACCUCGAUUCUUUUUUUUCUUUGUGACAGAUCAGGUUAUACAUAUAGCAACAAGCACUUAUGCUAAAACCCUGAAGGUUUUUGCUAAGAUUUGCACCUCACAUUCUUGCUCUAGUCUUGACUUAAUUAUUUUGCAUAGCAUUGAUGGUAUGAUUAUAUUGUGUAGCAAAUUAUCAUGGCACUUUUGUAAAAUAAAAUAAAAAAAUAUAUUUUUAUUCUGUUUUGUUAUGAGGUAACUAUUUGGGGUGCCCCCAUGUGCCAAAGUAUUGAAUGUUGUAAGAUUUUGAUUGUUCAAAGUAAAAUACCAAAGCUAUUUUCCAUUGAUGGAUAUAAAUGGGUUUCCAUCACUUAUCACUUGAUGAGACUAUACAUAGCUCUGCUUAAGAAGGAUUAUUCAUAUUAAAACAGUCCACUGUUUACAGUAUUCCUUUAAUGCAUAGCAUUGCCUUAAGCUACUUUCAAAAAUUACUAGUAUAUUAAACUUGAACUUGACAUCAGCUGUAGAGAAUUCUGUAAUAUGCAGUACAAUGCUUCCAUACACAUUACAUGUCCGAUUCCUUUUUUGUGCUGGAUGGUAGCAUUAUCAGCUAUUUUUUUGUGCAGUUUUGACGAGAUCUGUAUUAAGUAAAAUGGGACAGAUUAACUGUCAUAAAUCUGUUAUUGAAUGCAAUGCUAUGUUGACAUUGAUACUUUUAAGUAUUUUAAUUUUUAAAGAAGAAAAAAAUGUGUAAGCAAUAUGUUUUCUUAAGUUUGUACGUUCAAUGAAAAUGCAAACAAAUGUUAUUCAUAUGAUAUAUGUAACAUUAUUACACUUUCCAUAGUGGCUUCAACCAUAUAGGUAGAUUAUAAACAUGCAUCUGGAUUUGCAUGUAAGCAAUUAUGUUUUGACGAGCCUUUGAUAAAGCACUGUAGAAAUGGUUUUAUUUGUCAGUUAGACAGCUGAAGGAUUUUUUUUGCCACUGAAACAAACAAAAGUAGGCAGAAUAAUGAAGGUUUUUUAUAUAUAUAUAUACUGUAAAUGUCUCCUAUACUGUUAAUUUGUCAUAUCAAAAUGUAAAAUAAUUUAUCAUUUGAUUUUUUUUCUUUUGGACUAUUUUAUGUCUGUUUGGAAGAGGUUCCAAAAACGUUUUAAUGACUUUUAAUUUAUGGACCAGAACUUAUUUUUA